CCCCCCAACAAGUCAUCGGACCUGUCAAUCAUCCGGUCGGCGCCCUUUGAUGUCGGGAGUGUGUGCCUGUCUCGAGCUGAGCAGUUUGCUGCUGUAGGAAACAUCAGAGCUCCUCACUGAAGCAGCACACAGCCGGGGGAACACUCUGCGCAACUUCUCCCUGCAUGUGCUGAGGUUUUCUGCACUUUGGACCGAGGACACCCAGAUCACACAUAUCCAGGCUCCCUCUCUUCACUCACACUCUGAGGGCUUUUCAUAAACCUUUUUAAAGAGGGGUUCACAUCAACCACAGGAGGAGGAAAGUAAGCAGACAUGCCUCAGCUCAGCAGCGGCGGAGGGGACGACCUGGGAGCCAACGAUGAGAUGAUCGCCUUCAAAGACGAAGGAGAGCAAGAGGAGAAGAUCCAGGAGAACGCCUUCACUGAGAGGGACCUGGCAGACCUCAAGUCCUCCCUGGUCAACGAGUCGGAAAUAAAUCAGAGUCCCAACACAGCGGCGGUCCGGCGGGCCCAGCAGGGCGAGCAGAGGGACUUCCACGAGAAACACCGAGGGCAUCACGACAGCGUGUCGAAGCAACAAGAUGGAGGCAUGUACAAAACGCCGGCGUACCCGGGGUACCCGUUCCUGAUGCUGCCCGACCCCUACCUCCCCAACAGCUCUCCGUCUGUGGGGAAGUCCAGGAAACGAGGAAACUUAACUGCACAAUACGAAGCCAUCCUUCUGCUCGCUGGCUGUGGAUGAGAUGCUUCAUCAAGAGAGAGUCACGGAAAAUCAUCAAGAGUCAGAUCAACAUGCUGAAGCCUGCUCAUGCUCCACAGCAUCAGGAGAGAGAGAGGAAAGGAGAGAGAGAGGGAGUGAUGUGAGCAGUGAUCUAUGGUUUGGCCUCAGUGGAGCUGCCGGGUUUCUUGGUUUCCCACCAUGUUUCUGUUGGACGGAGAUGAGACGAGCGAGGGAGAAAGAGAGGGAAGACGCUCCUCUGAAGAGAGAGGGAGAGAUGUCAUGAGACCGGAGAGUCUGAGGAUUCGGGACCAGAUGAAGACCUGAACGGCUUCUUUCUGAUCCUUUUACACAGACACCAUUUAUCAGGUUUAAUGAGUUCUUAAAUCAAAUACAGAAGAAUAAUCUCAGGGCAGACGUCUCUGCUGAGGAAAGAACGAUUAAAGGCUGCAGAUAAUCUGAACGGACCCUGAGGAGACGUUUCUUUAUUAAUCAACAAGGACGACAAAGUUCACAGAUGUUUCUAUUAUUAUAUUUUAUUAUAACGGCUUUAACAAACUGUUAGAAUGUUAUCAUAUGGUCCCUGAAUUUUAAUCUUCUUAUGAAGGAGUUGUUUUUCCAGAAUUUAAUUCAGAGAUUCAUGAAGUAGAUAUUUUAUUAGUUCAGGUGAUUUGAAUGAAUGCUAUGAUAUCAUGAUUAAUCAAAGAGAUGAUCAGCAGCAGUUUAAGUCCUCCUCAGUGAGCUUCAUUAUAAGAGAGUUCAUCAGUGGAUAAUGAGAGUUUAGAUAAAGGCUGGAUGAUUUCAGCUUUUAUAUUAACCCUCCCCUGACCCUCUGAAAUAGCAAAAACUUUAAAAAUCUGGUUUGUCCUGUAACCAGGGGGUACGGGCAUUGGCUUCACACGCACAUGUUGUAAUAAGAAAUCAAAAAAUCCAGUGAACGCUCAUUCAAAGUUUGUUGGGAGGUUUAUUGCAAAAAAGGAAGA